AUGGUCGAACACGCGCUGGUUCCGAAUGUAUGUAUAUCUGGCGUCUCCGUGGCGUGCGCGACGGCAACAACGAACCCGAUCGAUGUCGUGAAAGUGAGGAUGCAAGCGUUGAACACGACGAAUGCGAAAAACGCAAACAACAUGUUGCAAACGUUUCGCUUGGUCUUUCGAGAGCGAGGCGUGGGAGGUUUUUACGUCGGGUUGACGCCGUCUCUGCUGCGAGCGACGACGUACGGCGGGUUAAGGUUAGGGUUGUACGACCCGAUUCGGAGGAAUCUCGUAUCCAAUUCGGAAUUCUUCGGGGGGGUGGAUGAAAAUCGCGUGACGACAAAGUUGCUCGCGGGCGGGUGCUCUGGAGCUCUGGCGGCGUUCACGUUGAAUCCGACGGAGCUCGUGAAGACGAGGAGAAUGAAAGGCGACAGUUGGCAAACGAUCAAAACACAAGUUGCGAGGGAUGGAGUGUCGUCUUUAUGGAGAGGGAGUUCGAUGGCAGCAUCGAGAGCGGCGCUAUUAACGGCGAGUCAAGUCGCCGCGUAUGGAGAAGUGAAACGGCUGUGGAUACAGAUGGUGCCAAACGCUAAAGACGACUGGAUGGCGCACGUUGGAGCGAGCGCGGCGGCGGGGUUGAUAACGACAGCGACAACGAAUCCAGUGGAUGUGGUGAAAACGAGGAUGUUUAUUUCCGGAGAAGGGAAGAAGUUAUCGGCGAAAGAGGCGGCGAUGGAAGUGGUGCGUGAAUACGGCGCCCUGAGAGGUGCGAUGCGAGGCUUCACGGCGAACUACAUUCGGUUGGGGCCGCAAACGAUGGUGACGUUUGUCGUCGCCGAGGAAUUGCGGAAAUGGUUUGGGUUAGAAAGUUUGAAAUAG